AAGCGAUAGGCUUACAGCAAUUCCAAACCAUAGGCUUCAAGCAGCGAAACGCCUAAAAUUCUCCGUCAACUUUCACGGCGGCUCUCCGGCGUCCCUCACUAUCCGGUACUGCUUCUUGAUGCAUCUCUGCCUCAAUACACUACAGGUGAUUUGAUCGAAUCCUUGGCUCAUGGAGAAUCAAAAUUUAUUACCAGAAGAGAAAUGGUGGGGAGGUCAAAAUUUACAACAAAUCAAUGGCUUUUGGUUAUUGCCUAUGAUGAUCCCCGGAAUUCAACGAGCCGUGGCCGAGUUCAAGCCUCAUCCUAACGAUAUAAUCUUGGCUUCAUUUCCGAAAACUGGCACAACAUGGCUCAAAUCUUUGCUUUAUGCUAUCAUAAAUUACUCCUCUCUUGAUUCUCUAGUCAAGAAUAGCCCCCACGACCUUAUUCCUUUCCUAGAAGUUGAUGUUUAUGGAGAAUCAUCAAAAUCAAACAUAAUGUCAGAUACUAAUAGUUGUGAUGCUACUAGGAUGUUCAAUACACAUAUUCCUUACCAAUUUCUAGGCGAAACCUUUGAAUCCUCAGGUUGUCGUGUGGUUUAUGUGACUAGGAACCCAAAGGACACCUUAAAUUCAUUGUGGCAUUUUGUGAAUAAGUGGAAGAUGGAUGAGCAAGCACCAUGGGAGUUGGAAGAAGCUGUGGAGCAAUUUUGCCGUGGGGUUAUCCCUGGGGCACCUUACUAUGAGCAUGUAUUGGGGUACAGAAUGGCGAGUUUGAAGAAUCCUGGUAAAGUGUUCUUUAUUACUUAUGAAGAAUUGAAGAAUGACACAAAUACUCACGUGAAAAGAUUGAUUGAGUUUUUGGGUUGCCCUUUUCGUGAUGAUGAUAAAAAAGUGGAGGAGAUAGUGAAGAGUUGCAGUUUCGAGAUUUUAAGCAGUCAUGAAGUAAACAAGUUCGAGGAAUGUCGUCCUUGGUUUCCCAUGCCCAAUAAUUCAUUUUUUAGACAAGCUGAAGUGGGUGACCAUAAAAGAUACUUAAGUGAGGAGGCAAUUGAAAGAAUUGAUGCUCUUACAAGGGAGAAAUUUCACAAAUCUGGGUUUAUUUAUGGGAUCUAGUGUCUUUGUUUUUGUGACAUAUGUAACAGUACAGUUAUGCAUUUCAUGAUUUCCUCAACCUUUUGUGCGUUAAUUUAUUCAA